AUGAAUUUCUGCAAGACACUACUUCUGCUUAUCUGUAUUUCAUGCGUUAUUCAUCAAAACGAUUGCGGUAACAAGCAACAAAAGAGCACUGAACCACCGAAACCGAAAAUUGUUAUCACCCGGGAACGCGCUAACGAAUUUUUGGAGGCGGAGUUUAAAUGUAUGAAUGAUAACCUCCAGGCCCAAAGAAAACGUAGUCCGGAAAUCUUUAGCAAGUUCACUUUUUAA